AUGAUGUCCUGCAGUCGUCGCCUCACGACCCUGGCGUCGUUCCGCCCUCUCGCUGUCCGCGCCUACUCCUCCACCGUGCCCCGGCUAUCCGAGAACCGCAUCCAGGCCAAUGACACCGUCGUCAAGCCCAAUGCCGAACUGACCGAUCGCCACGUCGUCUGGGACGGCCUGAUGGAGGAGGACCCCGUCAAGGCGGAGCGCAUCCGCAGCCUCCAGGCGCCUAACCGUGCCACCACCUGGGCUGCUAGCCAACAGCCUCGCGAGCAGGCCAUGGUUGGCCCUCGUUUUGAGCAGACCGUCAUGGAGACUCAGCCCCGCCCAAUGGCCGCCAUUGAGCUCAUUCACAAGCAACCCGUUCGCUGGACAAAGUCCCGAGUUGUCAGCUGUGACGGUGGCGGUGGUCCUCUCGGUCACCCCAAGGUCUUCAUCAACACCGACAAGGCCGAGAUCGCGACCUGCGGAUACUGCGGUGUCCCCUUCGCUCACGAGCAGCACCGCACCUACCUUGAGUCCCUCCCCGCCACCAGCUACCCCCUCGAGCCUACCAACGACCCCGCCGAGGUGAACGAGAGCCAGCGCGUCACGGAGGGUGGCCUCGAGCAGCGGUAA